GAGAAAUUCAUGGAGAGUCUUCAAACAGGUUCCAGGAACAAACCAUUUGCUUCACUGCACCCAUAAUCCCGUGUGGGUAAGUCUCAGGGGGAAAGCUGCUAAAGCCCCAGACGUGAUAGGAAAGGAAGAACAGAGGAAGGGGUGCCUCCUCCCUUUCAAGAUGACUUCAGGAUAUCUCAUCCAACUUUUAGCUUCUACCCCGUUCACCAGAGUUCCGUCACCUAGUCACAUUUAGCUCCAAGACUGUGGAGGAAAUGUAACCUGGAGCUGGAACAGUGGUGAGCCCAGCUGAUCAUUGUGAUUCUUGUCUAAAGUACCAGAGGCACUCCGUGACCUCUGUCACUCCAUUUUUAUGACACCUAUCAGGAACUCUUGCACCACACCUGGAGGGACCAGUGAGGCAACUAUGGACCAGAGAAGGAAGUAGGCGGAAAAGGAAGACACCAUAGCCUGCUGGUGCAGGCCUGGCAGCGUGAGGAGGUGAGGCAGAAGCUCCUCAGGUCUUGGUCUUCUUUGAAGACUGGUCUACGCUUUCAACUCUCUUCUUGCUGUAUUUUGUGACACGGCAACCUUGGGGACUUUCUAUUACCUCUCAGUGGCUGGAGAAUGUUGCGCCCUUCGAAACUGUUCCUUGCUUAUCAAGAGGAACACCCACUGCCAACAGCGAAGGUCCCUUGACGAUGCGUGACAGAUUGGAGAGUUGCCACGUAGAUCUACAGUCCUCAAUGUGAGAAGCUUUAAACAAUCAUUUCUGUGGCUGGGAUCUUCAAAUAUUCUACUUUAUUGCCUCUGGGACAUAACCAGUGGUGGCGCUGAGCUGAACACGGUGCUAGCAGAAGGGGGCGGUACUUUCCCUCUGGACCCUGACUUGGAAGCCAAGUGCGACUCCAGCGCAGGCACCACCAGAAGCAGAUGUGCGAGCGGAGCAGCUGUGCGCCUUUCUUUCUGCCGAGGUUCCCCCUCAUCUUCAGCAUAUCAGGAAGGCUAUGAUGGGAACAACUGAAGGAACUUGGAGGCUCCAUUUGACUGAUUGUUUCUGUCUAGAAAAUCUACCCUUGAAAGCGGGAGAGCUGUCUCCUGUAAUGGCUGACUUCCAAAGGCAGGCCAUGUUCUAGAAGGAAAUGGAUGAAAUUGGUUCAGGGGAGGGACUUCAGUGACACUGUGGUCUAAGCAGAAAAGCCCAUGUUGGGGGCCCUCCUGGUGCCCUGGGAUGUUGCAUGCUCUGGACCUGGACACAUGGCCCGCACCUGAGUGAGGAGUGAGGAUGGUCCGCCGCGGGCUGCUAGGGUGGAUUUCUAGGGUAGUGAUUUUGCUGGUACUGCUCUGUUGUGCCAUCUCUGUCCUCUACAUGUUAGCCUGCACCCCAAAAGGCGACCAGGAGCAGCUGGGACUGCCACGGGCCAAUGGCCCCACAGGCAAAGAUGGCUACCAAGCAGUACUGCAGGAGCGCGAGGAACAGCAUCGCAACUAUGUGAAUAGCCUUAAAAGACAGAUCGCCCAACUAAAGGAUGAACUGCAGGCACGCAGUGAGCAGCUCCGCAGUGGGCAGGACCAGGCCAGCGAUGCCACCAGCUUGCGCUUAGGCUGGGACCCUGAACCCAAAGCCCAGGCCGAUAUGCUGGCCUUCCUGCGUGGGCAGGUGGACAAGGCCGAGGUACAUGCUGGUGUCAAGCUGGCCACGGAGUAUGCUGCUGUGCCUUUCGAUAGCUUCACUCUGCAGAAAGUAUACCAGCUGGAGACCGGCCUGACCCGCCACCCUGAGGAGAAGCCAGUGAGGAAGGACAAGCGUGAUGAGCUGGUAGAAGCCAUCGAAUCAGCCCUGGAGAGUCUAAACGGCCCUGUGGAGAGCAGCCCACACCAGCGAUCUUACACAGCUGCAGACUUCAUAGAAGGGAUCUACCGAACAGAAAGGGAUAAAGGCACUUUGUAUGAGCUGACCUUCAAAGGGGACCACAAGCAUGAAUUCCAGAGAGUUGUCCUAUUUCGACCUUUUGGCCCCAUCAUGAAAGUGAAAAAGGAAAAACUGAACAUGGCCAACACGCUUAUCAACGUUAUCGUGCCCCUAGCAAGGAGGGUGGACAAGUUCCGGCACUUCAUGCAGAACUUCAGGGAGAUGUGCAUCCAACAGGAUGGGAGAGUUCAUCUCACUGUUGUUUACUUUGGGAAAGAAGAAAUGAAUGAAGUCAAAGGAAUACUUGAAAACACUUCCAAAGCUGCCAACUUCAGAAACUUCACCUUCAUCCAGCUGAGUGGAGAAUUCUCCCGGGGAAAGGGACUGGAUGUCGGAGCCCGCUUCUGGAAGGGAAGCAACGUCCUGCUCUUUUUCUGUGACGUAGACAUCUACUUCACCUCGGAGUUCCUCAACACGUGUAGGCUGAACACACAGCCAGGGAAGAAGGUAUUUUAUCCGGUUCUUUUCAGUCAAUAUAACCCUGGCAUAAUCUACGGCCAUCACGAUGCAGUCCCUCCGCUAGAACAGCAGCUGGUCAUAAAGAAGGAAACGGGAUUCUGGAGGGACUUUGGAUUUGGAAUGACUUGUCAGUACCGGUCAGACUUCAUCAACAUAGGUGGAUUUGACCUGGACAUCAAAGGCUGGGGUGGUGAAGAUGUGCACCUGUACCGGAAAUAUCUCCAUAGCAACCUCAUAGUGGUACGCACGCCUGUACGGGGACUUUUCCACCUUUGGCAUGAAAAGCACUGUAUGGAUGAACUGACCCCUGAGCAGUACAAGAUGUGCAUGCAAUCAAAGGCUAUGAAUGAAGCUUCCCAUGGGCAGCUGGGAAUGCUUGUCUUCCGGCAUGAAAUAGAGGCUCACCUUCGCAAACAGAAGCAGAAAGCCAGCAGUAAAAAGACAUGAUCUCCUGGCCACAGAUUAGCCUUUGGCAGUAACUGAAGAAGUAGACGCAACAAAAGUAUAGACUUCCACAAAGGGUAACAAAGUAUCUGACUGAUGAGUGAGAGGUGAAAGGAGAGUCUCUGGAUUCUGUUGGCUCUGUGUUUGGUGACUGUGUUUACAGCAAAAUGAUCUCUCUGGUUCCUGCUCACUGAAAUAUUCACAACCACGGACCAGUUUUGGUGAAUGUUUACUAGAAUGAGAUGCAAACACACUGGUUUCUCUUAUUAGGAUUGGUUACAUCAGAGGACUUUGGUACUACCAGACGGAGCAGAAGAUCUGUGUGAAAACUGGAGAUCUCUGACAUUAGCGUCCUCCAGGAGACAGUGAGCAAAAUCAAAUGGACCUGGAAACAAACCAUUGAAACUGUCAUUUCCCCAGUAUUAACCAAAAAACAAAAAAACAAAACCGAUUAAAAAAAAAACCCUCUCUUUCCCAUUAUUGUUUAGUCUUUAUUGUAAGAAUGCACUUUUUUUGUUUCUGAGUAUUGUGCUUAUUUAAUUACCCAUUUUCAAGCCUUAGUAGGAGCAUAUUGUAGUAUAGAUACUUUUAUGUUUUUUUUUAAGAUUUUAUUUUUGUUUUUUGUUUUUUGUUGAUUUGUUUACUUAAGAGUCUUGACACAGAGCCCAAGAUAAACUUGAAAUCAUGAUCCUCCUGCCUCCGAAGUCUGAGUGCUGAGAUUACAGGUGGGUACCACCACAGCUGGCAAGAAGAUACACACAGAGGUGUGAAAUGAGAACCUCCAGUUGCAAGCAUGUGGAGCUCUCAUGGAAGGACUUGCCAGUCUCAGACCACGCUAAGGCUAUGUGUGGGGCUGCAGAGAAAACGGCAUCUAGAAACUAAGACUGUCCAAAGAGGGACAGUCAAACACUGGAGAAAGAAAACGACACUUUCCUCUUCAUACAAAAGGACACUAAGAAGACCUUGGUAUAUUUACGAGAGAACAUAAUUUCUCUUCUGGAGAAAUGGGGACCACUUUCUUACCUGUUUGAAUAAACCAAAGUUAUGAACCAAACAAUCACUUUUCAAAACAGGGUGCUCUUCUUGGUCUCUGAUUUGCAUAAGAAGAAAAUGCAGGAGAUAUAUAAAUAUAUAUUUUGAAAGACCAAUCCGUUCAUCCAGUGAGAUGGAAGAUUUUGCUGCAUUUUCAUUCACCCCUGGCUGUGUGGAAGCAACUUAUUUUUAAAAUAAGCAACGUUACUGACUGCCACGAUGCUUCUCAAGAAUUUUCUUACAACUCCCAAUUCUUUUUAAAAAAAACAAAAAAAAACAACAACAAAAAAAUCCGGUUAACAUUGAGUGGUUUCUACAUCCAUAUGCAAAUUAUUUAUUUAUUAGCCAGCACCAGACGCAUGAGCUGAUUACCUCUCCUGUCUCUGUGCCUUCUGUUUGCCCACAGUGAACUCAUUGUUUAAAUGCUUCACGAACACUCAAGCUGUGUGUUUAAAACAAAAACAAACAAACAAAAAAAACCAUUGUAUUGAUUUGUACUGGUAGUUUAUAAAAUUUAAUUAAAACACAAGACGUGAAUGAAAGGUGGCAUUGCACAGCUAAUAAAAUUUGUGGAUUUGAUUUCUUUCCAUAA